GCAGCCGGGAUGCUUCUGACAGUGAGCUAGUACGUUAUUGUCACGUGUCGCGGGGCGUGAAAAAGGCGCAUACGCAUGCGCAGACACGCCGACGCCGAGACUCUCUGGACGUAUACAUCGCAAACUUAAGCUACGAAAAGGCCCCGACCUGUGUUUUCUUCAGCAGAAUGUCCGGAUUUCUGGAUAGUAUCCGCUGUGGCGACUGCGAGUGCUCCGUGGACUGGGCGGAGAAGAGGAACACCGUCGCAUCUAUAGCGGCCGGCAUCCUGUUUUUCACUGGCUGGUGGAUCAUUAUCGAUGCAGCAGUGAUGUAUCCCAGCAAUACCUUAUUCAACCACACGUAUCACGUCUGUGGAGUAAUUGCUACAGUGGCUUUCCUCAUGAUCAAUGCGGUAUCCAAUGGCCAGGUGCGAGGGGAUAGCUACAGCGAGGGCUGCAUGGGGCAGACAGGUGCCCGUAUUUGGCUCUUCAUAGGCUUCAUGUUGGCCUUUGGUUCCCUUAUCGCCUCCAUGUGGAUCCUGUUCGGUGUCUUCGUCGUGCACCAUAAGGAUGCUGUGUACCCAGGCAUUGCUAUUUUCUUCCAGAACGCUUUCAUUUUCUUUGGGGGUCUGGUGUUCAAGUUUGGUCGCACCGAAGACUUGUGGCAGUGACCUGCUGUCUGUCAUCUAGUGGGAUGUUCCACUGAUGCCUGUGUGUACAUAAAGCUUCAGCAUCUCUCCUUUUCUCAUCCUCCACCUUUUCCUGCCCCCCCACCACCGCUCCAAACGUGCAGCCUCCAUAAGAUUCCCUCCGUAAGCUCUUGGUUGAGAAACUUCUGGGUUCAGAAGUUGUCUUAUACCCCAGAGUAACCGUGUGACUGUUUAUAGAGAGAUGUCCAGCUGUACAGUCUUUUUUUCUGGAAGAGUAAACUGCCAUUUCCCAGGGGAGUCUCUCUGUAAGGCCUGUCUGUGUGCCACAAUGUUCAAAAUAAUGUCUCUGAGACAGCUGUCUCAAUCAGAACUUUUUUAAGCAAUAAUUUAAAAUUCAGUGCUGUGACGGUGUUUUUGACUUGAAGUCUCCCACCGUUUGAUUUAAUGUAUAAAUUUACAGUCCAGGCGGGUGGAGCUGCUUCUCCGCCCAUGCUGAGGUACUCGAAAGCGCUCUUUUUGAAGUUCUCAUUCUCUGAGAUGUUUUCACUUGACAUUGCUGGCUGUCUGUUCCUUUCAUCAGUGAAACUCCUUCAUCUACUGUACAGCAGCAGGUGGAAUAGUCUGCGCGUUCUGAGCUCUGAUGUCAUGAAGUUUGGGGUGGUCCUUUGCCCUCUUCGAGCAAGCCAACGUCUUUCUGCCUUUUUUCCAUGUUCUCUCUAGUUGGUGUCUUUUAUUAGGUACACGUGCUGCAUGCUGGAUGCUGAGUUUAGUUCCCUUUGGGGUCUUUAAAAACUGACAUGACCUUUUGUUAUACUGACCUUUGUCGGCAUCCAGCACACAGCAUGUGUUCAGUCUGUGGGAGGCGGUGGUUUGGUGACAAGGUGCUUAAUGCUGAAUACUCUCAGUAAGCAGCAGUAAGGGCUGCUUCUCAUCCUCAUAAUCAACCUUAAUGUUUUUUUUAUACCUAUACACUGCUACCCCCAAUGUAAACUUUCUACAUACUUGGGUCUUUUCCUUCUGUGUCACCGUACUGUUUUUUUAGAAUGCAAAAGCUGUAUAACAGAUUAAAACAUGCAACCUUCGUGUUGA